GUCUUACGACUCUGCUUCCUCACAGCAAAGUGCCUGGCUUUGUGCGGAUGUUUGCUCCAGAAGGCUCCCUUGUAUUUCAUGAAAAGGCCUGGAACGCAUACCCUUACUGUAGGACAGUCGUUACGAAUGAAUAUAUGAAAGAUGACUUCUUCAUCAAAAUUGAGACUUGGCACAAGCCUGACUUGGGGACAUCAGACAAUGUCCACGGCUUGGACCCCAAUACGUGGAAAAAUGUUGAAGUUGUUCAUAUUGAUAUAGCGGACAGAAACCAAGUGGAGCCUGGAGACUACAAAGCUGAGGAGGACCCAGCAUUGUUCCAGUCGGUCAAGACCAAGAGAGGCCCUUUGGGGACUGACUGGAAGAAGGAGUUGGCAGCUGCUGAAGAUUGUCCAAAAAUGUGUGCUUACAAGCUGGUGACCAUUAAGUUUAAGUGGUGGGGACUGCAGAAUAAAAUUGAGAACUUUAUUCAGAAGCAAGAAAAGAGGAUAUUCACCAACUUCCAUCGGCAGCUUUUCUGCUGGAUUGACCGCUGGAUUGACCUUACGAUGGAGGACAUCCGGCGCAUGGAGGAUGAAACCCAGAGAGAGCUGGAGGCGAUGCGUAAGAAGGGUUGUGUUCGAGGAACAUUGGCUGCCAGCGUCUAGAGGAAGUCCUCGGUAGGGUCAGAGGCAAAUAACCCCACUGUUUGCGCAAUCAAGGAGAAGUGAGAGGAACAAGUGCCGCUAAUGACGAAUGAAGAAAAUCAUCUAGUGCUUGUGGCAUCCUGAUCCACCCUUGGGGUGUGGGUGGGUGCACAAUUCUUUACACAUUUGUGCAUGCAUGCACACAGAAACAUAGACACACAUACACACUGGGUGCACACUUGUACUGAGCAGCUGCUUCAAGGCACUGAAUCUCUCCCCGAGAGGCCCCUGCCUUUGUUCUGUAUAUCCAAAGCUAAUUAAAGCCACCUAGUGUCAAUUAACGGAAGAAGAGGGUGGCUGAAUUAUAUUAAUUGGAACACUUCAAGACUAUGGAUGCUGGACCAGUUUACUUAUCUUUUAUAACGUACAGGAGAGUACCUCCUUGCAAGCACUCACCUUGUCUCUGUUUAGGCUAUUAGAUGUGCAUCAGCAAUUAACUUUCCAAUUUGUGUUGUUCAUUCAUGAUUUGGAAUAGGAGCUCUGAAUGUAUUUAUAGAUAUUUAUUUCUGGAUUAUCACUAUCUUGAAAUCAGAUCAGAAACAUUUCCAGUAGUAAGAAUCAAUGUCUUGCUAUUCAGUUUUUUGGGGUUUUUUUUAAGCCCAGUUUUCAUCCAUUUGCUGCAAAGAGAUCUAUUUUACCCGAGUUUUGUAUAUAAAGAGUUGAGGGUUUUUUCAUUAAAAUUGGCAAAAUAAAAAAGGCUUGCCAGUAAAAGGGAACACGGGGUGAUUGAUCCUUCUUUUUUAGAACUGUUCCUGAGCCUGAGUCAACUGUUCCCUAACAGCCUUAGCGCUGUUUUCAGAACACCUUUAGGUCUUCCACUAUUCCAGCCUGGAAGCUCUGCAUAAGCUUUAUUUUGCAUCAGCUAUAGGAAAAAAUAAAUAAAAUGAUUAUUUCUCCAGUACCCUUUAGAAACUGGCAUCCUUCCACAGAGAUUCCUUAGAGGAGGGAGGAUCCCAGCAGCCACUGAUUCCAGGCCUGAGUGGGAGGGCCCUGGGUUUGGCUUGCCCUGCGAAUGUUCAUACACGGGGUUGGCCUGGCAAACGCAGGGCCCUGAGGCUCCAAAGGCCAAUGCACGGGCAGGGCUGCUCAUCUGUCCGUUUUCUGGAAGCGAGGCUGAGCAGUCCAGUUGGAGCUAUGUGUCUGAAGUCAGGAGUUCAGCUCCUAGCUCUGGCCACACAGGAACACGUGCAGGUUCCCCCUUCAGAGAAUUGGCUCUGUAAAUACAGUACAUACGUAGUAUAUUUAGAGGUUGCUAAUCUAGGCUGCUGCUAAUUCAAGGGCUUGCUGCUUUUAGUGCAGGAAUCUGCUUCCGUCAGUACCAAGGAGAACCCAGACACCAGGCUCCGGGACACUCCCAUGUGUACGCCUAAUUUGGGGCAGGAUUAGAUGUGAACAUUGAGAGGAAAUUUUGUAGUGAAUGUAGAAUGGUUAUUUCUGCAGUUUCCAGUUUAACUGCAUUAAGACAAUUUAAUUAAAUUUGCUUAUAAAAUA